AUGGCUCGAAGCUACCACAUGAUUAGAAAUAUUGUGGGAGAAACCGGAACAUGGAGAAUAAAAAUCAAAGCAAUUUAUCAAUGGAAAACAUAUGAACAGAAUGGUGAAGUGAACGGCAUCCAUACAAUUCUUAUUGAUGAAGAGGGUACUAGAAUUCAAGCUAUUAUCUCAAAGUAUGUAUUAUCUGCUCAUCAAGAUAAAAUCAAGGAGGGACAUUACUAUAUCACAAGGUUUAAAGUGACCGAAAAUAUUGGAGACUAUAAACCAACUAAACACAAUCACAAGAUAAUUUUUCUCAAGAACUCUGUCAUAAGAAACUGCAAUGACAUAACAAUUCCAGCAGACCGAUUUAAUUUUGCCAAUUUCAAUGACAUAUUUGCUUUGAAAUAUGACACGACAGUAUUGACAGACAUAAUUGCAGAAGUAACUGCAUAUAGUAAUGUAAAUGAUGGUUUCAAAUUAUCAAUCAACCUUGAAUUGAUUGAUGAGGAGAACAACCAAAUUUCAGGAAGGUUUUGGGAACAAUAUGCAGAGGACAUUUAUAGUUACGUAUCCAAACCAGAGAAUAAUAAAUCUUUUGUGAUUAUUAUUCAAUAUGCAAAAGUCAAAUUAUGGAGAGGUACGACAUCAUUGACCAAUUCAAUGUUCAUAACGCGACUCACCAUUGAACCUGAUAUUCAUGAAGUGCAUGAAUUUAAAAACAGGAUAUAG